AGAGUUCAGGUGGCCGACAAAAAACGUCGGAAUUCAAGCGAAACGCUUUUUAGCUCGACGUAUGGAACAGUUGGAGAAACGUACAUUUCAGCGCAGCGAGAGCUAAAUGAGAAAAGUUAAUAAAUGUCGCGAGCACCCCUAGAUGGCGCGAGCGUCCUUAUCUCGAAAAGAUUCCAAGUUUACUAUCUCACGCGGAUAGACGAAACCGACGAAACGAUUAAUUGUUCGUUCUCGCGAUACCCUUUGACAGCUUUGACAGAUAGCUCCCCAAAACACAAUAGCCAAUCCAAGUGACUGAUCACCGUUCCAAAUGCCAUGCUCAACGAUCAUCCCUCGAUCGUUUUAAUUGCUGCGAUACUGGAUUCACGAUAAUUCAAUGAGCAAAAGGUCACUGGACUAAAAAUUCCACUCGGGGCUUGUAACGGCGAUCGUCAAUAUCAGAGAUUAUGUCAGCAUCCGAGACAGUGGUGAUUUUCGCCAAGUUGGAAGCUUUGAAAGAUAUCAGGUCGAAAACCCUUCAGUUGGAAAAAUUGAAACAGAGAAUAUUGCAAGAAGUGGAACAAACUGAGCAAGAGGAGAAAUGUCUGUUAGAAUAUAAACAAGAAAUGGAUCUGCUGAUGCAGGAGAAAAUGGCACACGUUGAAGAGUUACGUCAAAUACAUGCAGAUAUAAAUGCGAUGGAGUCUGUAAUUAAACAAGCCGAAGAGGCUCGCAAUAGAGCAAGGGAGACUGCAAAAUUGAUUCACAACAAUGACUAUCAACCACUGAAGCACGACAUUGACCGUAUGCGCAGAGAAUUCCUGGGCUUGGAAAGGUUACCAGAACUGUACGAGACUGAAUCAGAUCUCAUUUCACCUGAACGAUUUGUUCAUAGCUACUUCGAACGCCCGAUGCAGAAAGCAGAGUGGAGGGUAGAAGUGCGAGGUGAUGACCUGUUACCACCGCUUGGACUACAUCAUCCUGGACAUCCGGGUGGUUCUACGCCUUUUCUUGCUCCACAACCACUUCAAGGGCCCAGCAAACCAGAACCCAGACCAUUACCGCCAGCCCCGGGGCCCCCAGCUCCAACAUUCAGGUACCACUGGCAACAACCACCGCCUAUGAAAUCCUGCCUUUCCUGUCAUCAACAAAUUCACAGGAAUGCACCAAUUUGUCCACUCUGUAAAGCAAAGUCGCGUUCUCGCAAUCCUAAGAAACCAAAGAAGAAAGAUUAAUUGUAUUUAGGAAUAUUAUUUAUACGAAUGGAUCUGCAUUUUUACAGCUCAUAAGAGGACACGUACUAAUCAUUUUUGUAAUCCAUAGCAAUUAUGCACUCUUAUCGUAUCGUUAGCAUUUAUAUAAGUAAUAGCACAGCGUCCAUGAGAAUCUAUGUGUUUAUAUAAUAUGUCGAUUUUUUGACAAUGCAGCAUUUUUUAGUUUUUAAAGUUUGUAUUCGCGUUAAGAAUAUAUAAGAUCAUGUGUAUGAAUUUACAUAACUAAAUAUAAUUUCUACUAUCGCUAUAUAACUAAAUAUA